CGCCACUGUGCCUGAGCUAGUAGUUGUAAUGGCGAAAAAAAGGGAUGAUAAUAAAUGGUUCCACACAACUAAGUGAAAAAGAACUGGGGCUACCUAUUGUUGUGAAUAUAGUAGUCAUAGCACAAAGGAAGAAAGAUGACGAGGCGAUGCUACUCCAAUCAAAAAGGAUCCGAGCCCUUUCAGGUGCUAUCAUUGAGGAGUGGUACAGCAAUGUUUGCCAUACGAACGGAAACACAAGAAGAAAAAAAAAUCUUCUCAGACUCGUACCCGUUCUGGAGCGUUCGUGCGCCACCAAAAGCGUAUAUAUCGAGGCACACACACAAAAGGACAACGCAAUUCCUUUCCAUUCUCUUUGUAGGCCUUCUUUUUUUCUUCCUGACUUGUUUCUUUUUCCUUUUGUUACUCGCAAUAGCUUUCUCGCCUAACUCUUUUUUCACCUCUGCAGAAAGCAACGACUCCUCUAUUGUAUACCAGGCUUUUCGCCACUGCACUUCUUCCCCCCCAUUUCCACCUCGCCUCAUUGUCGACAUUGUCAUUACCAAGAGAGAUUCAGAUAAAGCAAAAGAUAUCCCAGAGUCAGUAUGAAUAUUCGCGUAACGAUAUUGGUGUUGAUUCGCUUGCUGCUAUUUAUUGUCAGUGCGGCGACACUUGCUUGUCAUAUUGGUAAAGAAGUUU